AUGCUGCAACAGGUUAAUUCACAGGGGGGGCCUGAAGGGGGCCCCCCGUCUUCCCUGCAGCGCGGUGAGGCAGCUGAAACAAAUCAAGGGGCAGGGCCCCCUCCUUCUUAUCUCCAGCAGCAGCAGCAGCAGCAGGAGGCCCCUCUAUCUGCCCUUGAGCAGCAGCAGGGCCUCUCUCCUACAGACAGGUCCCAUGACAGCACCGGUUUCUCGCCUGCUGCUGCAACGGGGGCAGAAGCAGCAGAAGCAGCAGCAGCAGCAACAUCAGUUGCAGCGGCAGUGGACGCCACAGCAGCAGCUUCCGAUGCAGCAAAAUAUCCUACAGGUGCAGCGCAAGCUGCCCCUCAUUCCCCUGCAGGCUUCAAGGGGCUGCUGCACUCUGUGAUGCAGCAGGUGGCUCCCACGAAGCAGCAAACGCAUGCAGAAAGAGAAGAAAACCCUCUCAACAGCAGUUACCCCUUUGGAGUUACAGCAGAACAACUCACAGAGCUGGUAAAUUUAUAUCUCUCCCGCACGCACCACGAAGAAUUAGAUUUGCUGCAGAAGAUGGGGGGUACAGCAGCACUGGCAAGCGCGCUGCAAACAGACCUGCGGCUGGGUCUCUGCGUCUCAGAGGGGCCCCCUGAGGGGGCCCUUCAAGCAGCAGCAGCACCAGCAGCAGCAGCAGCAGCAGAAGCUCCAGCAACAGCAACAGCAGCAGCAGCAGGGAAGCACCGCCUCAGCAACGCAGGGGAGGGGGGCCCCCUUCAGGGGCCCCCUCACCCCGGAGGUUUCGAUGAAGUGCAAGCAGCUCUCAUGGCUGCUCGACGACAGGCAUUUGGAGAGAAUCAACAGCAGGAACAUCAGCAACAGCAACAGCAGCAACAGCAGCACCAACAGCAGCAGCAGCAGCAGCAGCAACAGCAGCAACAGCAACAGCAGCAGCGGCAGCAGCAACAAUAG